UUAGGAAUAUGACGCAAACUUUAGCCUUGAAGCAGAAGAACCGUGUAGGGAAAAAACAUGACGCAAUACAACGUCAAAAUGUUGUUUGAUGUUUAUAUUGACAUUACCCUUUAAUUUUUUCGAUAAUUGAAAACAUUCCGUCUUGUUGAUCAGUUCUUCAUUGUAAAACGUGUCGUUUCCUCGCUAAUAUAAGUGUUCAUUCACACAAAAUCUAGUCAAUUAAAUUGCUGGCUUCGUGUCCACUGCUAGAAAACUGAGCCAUUAACCACUUGAAAGUUCCAGUUUUUGCAUCCCUAAGUGGAAUUUGAUCAAUUGUACAGUUUUUUGUUGCUGCAGCAGAAAAUAAAUUGAUUUCACGUUUAUAAGGUUUUUUUUUAUGGUCGCAAUGGAGAGUAAAUCAGAAGAGUCAACAGCUGAAAUAGCUGUGCGACAGAGGAAGUUUGGUUUACCUGAUUGGAUGGUUAACAACAUUGAAAGGUUAAACUUUGCAACAGAUUUUGAGCAAUAUGCUUGUAGCCCUCCUGAGACAGAAGGUUUCCUUUCAGACCUCAAAGACAGUGUAGAUUUACCAAAUGUAUCAGAGCCUUUUUCUCCUGCUGUUGAUGUAAAAGAUUUGAGCAAGCUGAGUUCAAUCCAAAGUGAACAGCCUGUUAGUCAACUUCAACCCCCCACUAAACUUAUCAUAAAUCAGGCUGAUCAAUUGCCUAUGCUGCAUCAAGCAUUGAGUAAUUUAAAAAUUGAAGAAUUCUCUUCUCCUGAUAGUACGCCUUGUGUGACUCCUGAGCCAUCUCCUGUUGUUCGACGAAAAAUGAGUAAUCCAGGUGAUACAGUUAUAACAAAUCCUGGUAGAUGGUUUUAUAUGGGAAAAGUUAGUAAACCAAAGAAACUUACUAAAGAACAACUAUUAGAAUUAAAAAACAAAGAAAAUAAAGCUUUGUGUGAAGAAAGGACCUCUGUAAUCAAUGCUGCUUCUAGAGAAGCAAUUUUGAAUGCUAAGCAACAUGGCAUUAAAUUAAUGAUAUCUAAUUUUGAUUUGAAUGCUGUGAGUCCAACUUCUUGGUAGUGAACAUUCAACGCUGUGUUAAUUGAAUUGCAUUUUUUCUUUAUUUGUCAUAAAGCAUUGUAUGUUAUUCAUUAUCAUGUUUAUUGUUAUGCUUUUAUUUAAACGUAUAGCAUUUGCUAUACUUGAAAGCCUACUAAUAUAAUUUGAAUGUAUCAGCUUGAUUAGGAAAGCAAAAAAAAAAUAUUUUUAUUAUGUCACCCUAAUUCUAAAUUCUUUUCAAAAUAAUCUGUUUUGCAAUAAAGCAAUUUUAUUAUUUUAUAAAACUGUCUUGAAAAAUCCUGAAUUGCACAUGAAUUAUCCAACGUAGAACAAUUCUCAGAAUAGAUUUCUAAAGCAUUAUUAUUAAAUGUUUAGAAAUUUAGUUGUGUAAAUUUUUAACUUUUUUGAAAAUAGUUAAAUAUUAAGUUUAGCUUUCUUUACUCAUUUUUAUUAUGCUGUUACUUAAGAUAGUUAUUUUAUUAAGAUUGUUAUUAUAAUAAUAUAUAAUGCUAAGAAAUGAGGGGGGAAUGUCCUCUACAGAAGGAAAAAAUGCAAAAUUCUUAGCAUUUGUAGAAUUUAUAUUCGUAAUUCGCUAGUUUAUGUAUGAAAUAUAUCUGUGUAUGUGUUGUAUAAAAGCAUUCAGAAGUUAGAUCAUAUUUUAUCUGUAUAUAUUAUUUAGUUGUAAAUAUAUAUAUUAUGCUGCAAAUUGUUUUAUUUUUUGUUUCAAAUUAAACUGGACUCAAUCUCAUUGUUUUAUGAGUUAGAAUAUUUCAUAGAUUUUAUCUUGAUUCCUUUGGUUUUAAAUAAUUUUUUUUCAUGGCACCUGGAUAUUUUUUCUGGUUUUACUAAAAAUUCACCAUUUGUAGUUAUUUAUUUUUUUUAAAAAGGAAGAAAAUUAGCAAUACAAAAUCUGUAAAGCUUUAAAAAAAAAUGAGCAAUAAUUCUGUAGCAGUAAAAUGUCCAUAUUUGCUUUGAUCAAGGUUUUAUUAGAAAAUGAGUAUUUAGUUGUUAAAAAGUCACUUGCAUGAUAUAAGAACUGCAUAGCAGAAUAACUUAGUUACAUAUUAGUUCACAAUGCUACAAAAUUGUCAGUUACUUGUAAUGUGAGCCACAUCAUGGUAACUAUUACUGAAUUUCACUAUUUCUUAAACCUAUCAACUCCAGGAUAUACGUUGAUAUGAAAUUUCAACUUGUUCAAAUUAUUUCUUUCCUCCAAAGUAAUAUUUGAUUCUUAACAUUUUAUUUUAUAUCAUAAUUCAGUUCCAUUUUUUUUACCCAAAAAGAUAUAACUUAUAUAUUUUUCAACAUCUAAUUUAGUGUAUAGUUUGGCAUAUAGGGAAAUCUUUGUAAUUUACUAAAUUAUUUGAUGAAACGUUUUUAAGAAUUUAACAUAUAAUUGUAACAAAAGAUACUUAAAAUAUAAAAAAUUUGUUCUCAUAUAUUUUUUACUUUAAUUUAAAAAUGUUAUAUGGAUAAACUGUGUAGAACAUUUCUCACUAAAGAUGCCAACAGAGAUGAUUCCUUUAUACUCUUUGAAAAUCAAAAAAUGUUUUAAACUCUUACUAAGCUAUCAUUUUACAUUAUUAAAAACAUUUAAUUCAGUAGCAUGUCGUAUUGAUUUCACUCAGUGACAUUAAUGAAGAGCAAAAUUGCUGAUUAAGUCUUAUUUAUUAUUUACUCUAAAGAAAAUUUUAAGUCACUUAUCUUUACGGUUUGAAUUAGUCUUGAAACUUUCCUUUCAAUUUCUAUAUAAUGAACUGUAUUAAAACACAGUUUGUUUUUGUAAGCUGUGGGUAAACAAUCUGUCUUUGGUCUUAGUUGGUAUUAAAGCUUUCUUUACUAUAUUCAAGUAGAUAACUUUCAAUUAUAUCUAAAGCUUAUGUAUUUUGUAAAUUUAAUUGUUUUUUAACAGUUCACAUUUUAAAUUUUGUCCUUGCAAUGUUGCACUCUCUUUUUUCUCUUGUAAUUUCUUAAUGGUGUUGGUGUUUUAAUCAUUUCUUAGAUAUAUAUUUUUUAAAAAUGUGUGAUUUAUUUGUUUAUGUUAUUUUGCUGUGCCUGAGACAGUACUUUAAAUUCAUUAUACUUUCAUUCCUAUAUUUUUUCCUGUUAUCUGUUGGCAGAAAAGUCUUGUUGUUUAUGUCCUCUUUAAGUAGGUAUAAUAAAAGCAAACUGCUAAUUUAUUUCAGACUUAUAUUUCAUUGUUACAUUUUGUUAAACAAACCUACUGAUAUUGUUGAACUUUAGAGCUUUAUUAUAAUUGUUUAUGUUCAUCUAAAAUAUUAGUGAUAUGUAUAUAUUUUUAGAUCAUUUAUUACAUAGAAUUUAUCUUACACAGUUUGAAUAUUAUAGUUCUAUUCUAAAAUAAUUGAGCUUGUAUCAUUCUAAUUUAGAUGAAUAUUGUGAUUUUGUGGGACUGAUAUUGUAAAAAGAAUUGAUUGCUUUUUAGAUAGCUUUUCUGAAAUGCAAUAAAUUUGUUAUUGUUGGCUUUAAA